CCCCUGCACCUGCAGUCGCGGGCGCGCGCACAGCGCCCCGCCCUCCCCACGCGUGCCCGGAGGCGGCGGCGGCGCGCACGGCGGCGCUGAGAUCGGGGUCCCCGCACCCCGCCGUGUCCGCGGCCGCGCCGCCGGCAGGCCCCCUAGCCUGUCCCUCUGACUCCAGCUGUCACCCUACAUGGAUCCAUGCCUGUGCCUGGCCGUUUGAUUUUAUCGUUUGAUUAGGUUUGACGUGACUGCUCACCACUCCAAGCGCACGCCACAGUGCAGGCUGGGCAGAGCACUGGACUCGCAGGCCUGAGGCCCUGGGUUCGAGCCCCGGGUCACAGGUGCCAAAGUGGGGACGGGGGCUCGAACCCGGCCAUGGCCCCCGCGCCGCUGCUGCUCCUGCUGUCCCUGCUGCUGCGGCCUCCGCCCGGGGCGGCGUCGGGGGCGUGCCCGGCCCGCUGCGAGUGCGCCCCCCGGACCCAGGCCGUGUCCUGCGCCCGCCGCCGCCUGCUGGCCGUGCCCGAGGGCAUCCCGCCCGCCACGCGCAGCCUGGGCCUGAGCCACAACCGCAUCCGCUGCCUGGGCCCCGGCGAGCUGGGCGGGCUGGCGGCGCUGGAGGAGCUGGACCUGAGCGCCAACGCCCUGGCGCACGUGGAGCCCGGGGCCUUCGCGGGGCUGGGCCGCCUGCGGGAGCUGCGGCUGGACCGCAACCGGCUGCGCCUGCUGUCCCCCGGCGUGUUCGGCCGCCUGCCCAGCCUGGCGCUGCUGGACCUGAGCCACAACGAGCUGGUGGCCCUGCUGGACGGCGCCUUCGCAGAGCUGCGGGCGCUGCGGCGCCUGGAGCUGGGCCACAACCAGCUGGUGUUCCUGGCGCCCGGGGCCUUCGCGGGGCUGCCGGCGCUGCGGGCCCUGACGCUGGAGCGCGGCAACCUCACGGCGCUGCCCGCCGACGGCCUGGGCCCGCUGCCCGCGCUGGCCGAGCUGCGGCUGCGGCACCUGCCCGUCGAGGCCCUGGACGGCGCCCCCUUCCGCGGCCUGGCCGGGCUGCGCAGCCUGCACAUCGCGCACUGGCCGCGGCUCGGGGCCCUGGGCGCCGGCAGCCUGCGGGGCCUCAACCUCAGCUGGCUGGCCGUCACCCACAGCAACCUGAGCGCCGUGCCCGCCGCCGCGCUGGGCCAGCAGGCCCACCUGGCCGGCCUGGACCUCAGCCACAACCCGCUGCGCGCCCUGCCCGGCGCCGCCUUCCGGGCCCUGCGGCGCCUGCGGGAGCUCCACCUGGCGGGCGCGCUGCUGGCGGCCGUGGAGCCGCUGGCCUUCCUGGGGCUGCGCCAGCUGCGGCUGCUCAACCUGUCCGACAACCGGUUGGCCACCCUGGAGGAGGCGGCCUUCCCGUCGGUCCACUCGCUGGAGACGCUGCGGCUGGACGGGAACCCGCUGGCCUGCGACUGCCGCCUGCUGUGGGUGGCGCAGCGCCGCAAGACGCUCAACUUUGACGGCCGCCCGCCGGCCUGCGCCUCCCCAGCCGAGGCCCGCGGGGCCGACCCCCUCGGCCGCCUGCCCGACGCGCUGCUGUUCGAGCUCUUCGUGUGCCGGCCGCCCCGCAUCCUGGAGCGGCGCCUGCGGCGGGCAGAGGUGACCGAGGGCCAGGCCGUGCGGCUCAGCUGCCGCGCCGAGGGCCAGCCCGAGCCCGCCGUGUCCUGGCUGGGCCCCGGCCGCCACCCGCUGCCCGGCCCCGAGCCCCGCGCCCGCCUGCUGCCCGGGGGCACGUUGGAGCUGGCGGCCGCGCGGCCCGCAGACAGCGGCACCUACACGUGCGUGGCCAGCAACGCGGGCGGCAACGACACCUACUUCGCCACUCUGAGCGUGCGGCCCGCGCCCGGCGCCCGCGAUGGCAACGCCUCCUCCUCCGGGACGGCCGCCCUGCACGCCCCGGGCCCGGACCUGACCACUAUCCUGGUGUCCACCGCCAUGGGCUGCAUCACCUUCCUGGGCGUGGUGCUCUUCUGCUUCCUGCUGCUGUUCCUGUGGAGCCGCGGCCGCGGGCAGCACAAGACCAGCUUCGCCGUCGAGUACUCGUUCCGCAAGGCCGACGGCGCGCUGGCAGCCCAGGGCCCGGCCGGCGCCCGCAGGUUCAACAUGAAGAUGAUCUGAGGCCGCCCUGCCCCGCCCGGGACCUGAUCCCGUUUGCCCCUGGGGUCAGCGGCUUCCGCACGGGCGCCCGGCUGGCAGUGGCCGUGUCCAAGCGCCUUUCCCGCAGCCGCCCCCCGAGACCCCCCCAAUAAAGG